CAGCGUCAACGAGGGAGAAACGAAGAGGGAAUACGGUGUGUACUCCACCAACGGUCACUUCUGCCUCGCCGUCACACGGUCACAGAAAAUAGAAGACGGUCAAAGCAAAGACAGGCUACGCACGGCUAUUGUGAUAGGAGGCCGAGUAUAGUCUAUCCAUCUGACUGACUGACGCAGCCACCGCAGUGGAAUUCAACACGGCCAGCGCUGCAGGCUUAGCCAGGAUGGAUUGCCAUGAGUCGACAGGUAUAAGGCCUCUCUGAAGGGGAGCUGAUCAGAGCCUUCGUCCAGCCAGAGAGGCACCUCAUUGGCCAAGCUGGUCACCAUGACGCUCCUUCUUCUUCUGCGGUCGUCCAUGCUGUUGGCCUGCUGCUUCGUCUGGCCAAUCGCAGUGCAAGGUUCUCCGCUAACUCCCGCCCCCAGCGCCCCGACCCCAGACAUACUGCCUGUGAAUCACACCCCGGACGUCCUGCUGCGCUCCAUGCGUGCCAUCCGACGGACUGACGUAGCGCGCUCGCUACAACCCGUGGAUAGAGACGCUCAGUUCGUAUCCACUCCGCCCCCAGCCCUCCAGCACAACGACGUAAUAGAGGAAACCGUCGUAGAGUCGCACAGAAGUGCAGACACUGACAGCCGUGCAGUUUCUCACUCUGACACACAAGCUCCAGCUGCCUCUGAUUCUAAUGACGCAGCUGGCCCAGUUCAGUCAUCCGGUAAUGCGGAUGUUGGAAAUGGGCUCUCCUCUUCCUCAAGUCUUCAUCCUGCCACCGAGUCUUCCACACUAACGGGGGCUCCGUCACUCAGGAACGGCCAUGUGGGGCCGGCCAGACUGCCGGCCUCCCCUGCGCAGGCCAGCCCAGAGAGCAGGCCGGUCCUCAGGCCAGCCCAGACCACAGUGCUGGCGAUGCUGAUAACCCAGGGACCAAUAGGAUCUCCCAGCACAGCAGGGGAUCCCCCUGUGCACCCGCCACCCGCGGCCGGAUCAGGGGAUCAGGCCAUUCCAGUCCUCAAGGAGACAGGUGGCGGGGACUCUGAGACGCUCACAGACACAGCUGGGCCCCCUUCCACUGUGAGUCAGCCGUUACCGCCACCCGGGACGCUAACUAGCGUUAGUAGCACACUGACCAAAAUGGCGGAGGCGCAGCCCGGGCCUACUGCUAGCAUCCUGCUGCGCGCUAGCAGCAGCUCAACGACGAGAGCAACAAGAGCUAGCACCAAGACACCUCUGCCGGAGAGAAACGCAACGACCACAGCACAGACGUCAUCAGGAGGAGCAGACAGCACAGGGAGUUUUGCACCAGGUGAGUGAAAUAUGUCCAGUCAAGACAUCCUAACCUUCG